GUUUGGGGACUUUCGCUCUUCCCCCCGCGGCGUGCUGCCGGCGGGGGCCGUGGUGCGCUGAACUUGCGCAGUCUCCCUCGCGCUCUUCCUCUGCAUACGCGGCGGUUGAACAUAGUGGCACUCAACGCAUUCCUCGCUGGCCCUGCCGAGCGAGCUCUCGGAAGACGGAACGACCCCCCGCGCGUACGCGUACACCUCUUCCCCCCCCACGAGGGGGAACCCUGGUCGAAGAAAAACGGAAUAGAGAUCACGAGGAGAGAGACCCCCCUCUGGGAAAAAGAGAGCGGCGUGCGAAAAAGAAGGCAUCCGCGUGAUUCGGCGGCAGGCAAAGAAAGAGCCCCUGGCCUCCUCUCUCUCGGCAUGCGCGGACAGGUCCGUGGAGGUCCGAAGCACGUCGGAACACGAGGCGGCCGCGGAAGAAGAGACGUGCACGCUGCAGUCUCCGUGAGUUCGUGUUCCCAUCCGGUUGCCCGCUUCUGCGUUGUCGGAGCGCGCUGCUUGCACGCGGCUUAGUACGACCUCCUUGCCGCUGGAGAGCGCACCCGUUCUUGCCCAUUGAAGUUUGGCUCGCCGGUGGUCAUCUUCUGAUCGACGGACGAACGGCCGGCCAGACGACCUGCAUUCGAGCGAGUGAGGCCUGCACAUCGACCUACUACGGGCGCUGCCAACGUGUGGACGACACCGACUCUGGCCCGCAGUUCCUUCUCCUGAAGCCUGAUGGCAAUGACGGCAGCCAUGGCUACCGCUACGACAACACGAUGCCUUGUGGGUGGCACUUUACAUAGGCAGCCAAUCUACGGAUACACGGCCGAGCCGACGGCCGAGCCCCGUGCGCCGGGACUGUGUCCCGAGCAGCCCCUGAAGGUCGUCCUGGUUGGAGACAACAGGUGCGGAAAGACUGCGCUGGCCAACCGCUUCGUGAGCGAUGUAUUCACGACGGACUACACACCCACUGGUUUUGACCGCUACACCACCUCCGACGAAGCCGCCGGACAGAAGUUCCACUUCUCCGUCUGGGACACGUCUGGGUCCGUGGCAUACGACACUGUGCGGCCACUAUCGUACCAAGACGCCAGCGUCGUGCUGCUGUGCUUCAACGUUGGUGUACCAGAGUCCCUGCACAACGUCAUUCACAAGUGGCAGCCAGAGGUCCGGCAGCAUUGUCCGGGCGCUUCCCUGCUCCUCAUCGGCUGUCAGAGCGAUGCCCGGAUGGUCCAGCGAGGAGGAUGCGUGAGCGCCGACGAGGCCCUGACGUGGGCCUCUCGGCUCGGUGCAGUUGCGUACGUCGAGACGAGCGCCCGGGCCGCACCUCGAAGCGUGCGCGAUGCCUGGAAGGCGGCCGCGCGGGCCGCUCUCGGACCCGCCCACCCAGACGCCAAGAGCUCCCGCGACGUGUCCCCCUCGCGCCAUAAGGCGUGCAUCUUGAUGUGAGACGGCCGGUGACUUGGUGGACGUGCCCCGUUUCGGCCGUCUGCACGCGGCUAUGACGUGUCGCAGCGGAGUGCACGUUUCAUGUCGUCGUAGGACACUGUGCGCGCGUGUUGCUAUAAGUGGAACGUAGGACGCUUUGUUCGCCGUCCGCUUUGAAGCAAGCGUACCACUUCUGAGAUGAUUCUACGCCGGCUGCUGUUUGAGUCUUACGACAGAGCAUCGUUUGGCGUUUCCCAGACGAAAGAUCGUGACGUUGCUACUUCGACCGCAACAGACGAGCUGCCGUGGAAGACAGUCCCGUGCCGACGCCUAAUGUGGCAACACCUUGCGAACUCUGUGCGCUCCAUUCGAGCUAUGGUUGUGAACCUCUGACGUCGGCUGCGUGGCGGAAGUGCUGUGCUAGGGACCCGUACGUUUGUCUUUUGUGCUCGGUUGGCCGUUGAAGUUUGUAACGGCUAUGUGACUUCGUGCCGAAAAGCUGCCUCGUUGUGCCUCAAGUUCGCAGCGCCGUUGACACCAACCUUCAAGGUGUCAAAUGAAGCAAAAUGUCCCAUGCUAGUCAAGGCAAAGAUACUAUUUGUAAUUUUUGGUCCCCGUCUGUUGUGUAAAUAUCUCACUUGUGCCUGACUUUAGUUUUGUCAUCACGUUCACCGUAGUACAAUUUUUGAAUAAAUAAAUGUGCCUUAUGCCGCUGAACCUUGAAA